CGACAGGCUUGAACGUAACCACCAACCAAGGUUCCUCCCUAAACAACAGUAGAAGCUGCCACAUUGAAGAGGAACAAAAAGGCAACCUGACGCUGACAGCGCUUUCUGCACUCGCUCCUCGUUCUCCGGGCUAGUCACUGGAUUUCAAUGUUCAGCCUGCGCUCUGCUUUCUGUGUUGACUUGGGCCGUACCUAUAUGGCGUGUGUGAGCGGGGAAUUUUGCCAGGCACAGCACCUCACCACAGUGGAGAAGUGAAUCGGCAGCCCCCCGAGGGACUACGCUACCCAGAAACCUCCUUGACUGGCCAGUGCACUUGAAACCGCUGACUUUGAAAAGGCCCUCCUGGGAUAUCGCGUAGUCCUUGGUCCCGACUGCCCUGCCUUGUCCUCGCCGAAACGACGACUCUUUGCUUUCUGCUUUCUCUUUGAACAGCCAAUCACAAACAGCUCUCCUGAAUGGGCCGUCUCGCCAACAUGAACCGCCCCGCUGCAGUCGAGAUCACCUACGAGUGCAUGAGGUUCCUCAUCACCCACAAUCCCACCAAUGCCACACUUAACAAGUUCACCGAGGAGCUAAAGAAGUUUUCCGUGCACACUUUGGUGAGGGUGUGCGAAGCCACCUACGACAAGGCUCCUGUGGAGAAGGAGGGAAUACAGGUUUUGGACUGGCCCUUUGAUGAUGGCGCCCCUCCUCCCACCCAUAUUGUGGACGACUGGCUCAAGCUGCUCAACACCAAGUUUCGAGAGGAACCUGGCUGCUGCAUCGCCGUGCACUGUGUGGCAGGGCUUGGCCGCGCUCCUGUCCUUGUGGCCUUGGCUCUUAUUGAGAGUGGGAUGAAGUACGAGGAUGCUGUGCAGUUCAUAAGGCAGAAGAGACGCGGAGCCUUCAACUCUAAACAGCUUCUUUACCUCGAGAAGUAUAGACCCAAAAUGCGUCUGCGCUUCAAGGAUCCCAACGGCCACAGCUGCUGCGUGCAGUAAAGCAGCCCGCCAGUGUCUGCCUAUGCGCCACUAGCUGUGGGGGGGAACCCUAACAAGGGGAGGGUGAAAAAUAAGCGAGGGGAGUGCUAUCAGUAAUUGUUGUGAUGAUUUGUAAACACUGAGUCAUGGUUAAUUGAACAGAGAACAAGCGAGUAAUAGAAUGAAUGAAUGCAGAUCACGGGUACACCAGCUGAACCAUCGGAAGGUCAAAGCACACAGACGGGCCCAACUCCUGGUUCUACUGUCAACCACGGCCCACAAUUGUUUAACUUGAGUCCAUCCUAUUAUGUUUUUUUUUUGCUUUUUGAACCACCUCCCUCUUCGGCUAUAACUAUGAAAUAUUAUACUCUCAUUUUGUGAAUUUUUAAUUUGACACAAUUGAUAUUGAGAUUUUUAUUCCCACAAAUUAUGGAUAUUAUAAUUGGAGCAGAUUAUUGUAUCUUAUAAAACAUUUUUAAACCUACUGUGACUCUCCAUUUUGGUAUUUUUCUGGUGGUUCAUGGGGCCACAAACAUCAAAUGCAGUCAUUUUUCUCCUUUUUACUUUGUUCAUUUUGCUGCAAGUCACUUUCAUUUUAAAGUUUCACAGAGUCUGAAUAUGUCUGCAAUAUUUAUUCACAAGGUGAUCUGUGUAGGGGUUGCAAGUUUGGCAGCGGGGCAGGGACACUGAUUUCCAAUCUUUUUUGUUUUGUCGUCAUUUUAAGAGCCAUGUCUUUUUUUUUUCUCUUGGAGUGCAAUAAUCUGUCCACCUCAGUUAAGCCCACCAAACCCCAGUGACACCCUGCACGUGCACACACACCAUUACUAAAUGAGACAUUUAUACAGGAAGUAACCCAGUAACCUCUGGAACAGGUACAUUAGUUCUUUUCAACAGUGCAACAAUAGGACUAAUAGGCUUAUUUAAGCACACAGCCUGAAAUCCCACCUGGAGAAGAAUGAAAAUGGUCAGUUUUCUGUUGUUCCCAUUUUGAAAACACCCACAAUUCGUAUUGGUUCUUUAAAGAUAAAUAAAAUGAAAUAAAAAGCA